AUGGAAAACCGCCGGUACAAUCAAAGAAGAGGAGAGAGCGAAUGGGCUGUUUUAAUUAACGCCCAAGCUGCGACUAACAAGAUGAUUGAUUAGAUUAGAUUAAAAUUAUAGCGGGUCGUCGGGGUUUAUUUCAGCCCCUCUUCGUCCAACUGAUAGCUUCGCGUUGGCGCUAAGCGCGAUCCUCUCACACCACCUUUUUCCCUGUCGACGUCACCAAAAAAUGGGGACGCCACAGGUCUUCAGGGAGAAGCCUUUUCUUGGUCCCAAAGUUCAGCAAAAGACUCCCUUAACCUCUGACAGGACUCAGAGCAUGGGUGAAUAGUCUUUUUGCCUCCUCCAUGGCCUGUCAGAACCCUAUUGCAGGCUCAAGAUUGCUUCCAUGGAGUAGUAUCGGGACUUCGUGCUGGUAGGGACUUCUGUAGGUAAGGAAAAAAGAUCUAAGGUUAUCCUUAGACCAAAAACCCACCCUGGAGAACUAUCGCCAUGUGGCUCAUCUUUCCUGGUCCGGAUCAACUCAAGGGCUGUCAGGAGUCCACGUCAGAUCACGCCAUUUUAAUAGCUCAAGAUGAUUGAAGAAGAAGAAAAAGAAAUGACCAGAAUGAAGAAAAAAUUUUAUAAAGAAGAGCUAGAUCGGCAAUUACAAGAAAAAGCAAAUUCGAAAUUUAAAUCUUUAGACGAGCUUGAUAGCCAGAAGAAAUUUUUACAAGCCCAACAGGAAGCGAUUAAACACUGGGACCAAUCUUUGAAAAAGGAAACGAAAAAUACUCAAGAGAUUUUGUCAAAAGAGUAUGAAAAUCAAGCUCUGGAAAGAAGCGCAAAGGCAAGAUACGAAAGAGAACUAGCUAUCAAAGAAGAGCAGGAAAAAAUCAGAAAAAUGCAAGAAGAGAUGGAAAAUGAAAGAAAAAAACAAAAUGAGUGGAAAAACGAAAUAGUAAAAAAAGAACAAGAAGUCUUGAAAGAGCUAGAACUGAAAAAGAGAAAACAGCAAGAACAAGAAGAGCUGGCGAGGCUUAAAGAUAAAGAAAUAAUUGAGAACAGGAUAAAAGAGAUGGAAGCACUGGAGUAUGAAUUUCAAAAUUUCUAUAAUAAGAGAUUAGUCGCACGAGAGCAAAGGAUGAAAAACUACACACCAGUGCUUCAUGAAAAUAACAUCCUUUCAAAUUUGAUGAAAAGAAAUGAAGAAAUCGAUCAAACCGCAAAAGAAAGGCAAACCUUAAAAGAACAGGCUGAAAGACAACAAAGAGAAAGCGCUUUAAAUAAACUAAAAUCUGAUCUCGAGCUGCAGAUAGAGGAAAGCUUAAAGAAGCAAGAAAUAGAGCGAGAAGAUAAAGCAAUAAUACAGAAGAAAAUAAAUUACGCAUCUCAAAUCCUGGAAAAUGAAAGGAUAAGUCUAGUUGAAAGAAGAGCCAAAGAAAAGGAAGAUUUAAGAAAGAGCUUACCUAUUUUAAAAAAAUAUAAAUUAUUGAUUUUUAAUUUAAAAAUUAAUUCAAAAAAUUAGCCAAUUAAGUGUGAAAGCUGUUUAAUAAUAUUCUAUUUGCACUUUUACCAUUAGAUUAUGCCAAAAAAUAUUAUCUAUAAAAAUCCGUAUUGAAUAAGAAUUUUUUUACAGUUUAAAGGGUUUUAAGGUACCCAUAAAUGCAAAUUUGUUUUGCUCAAAUUUAAAAGGGGGGAAUUAGAGUUACAGCUAAAAGAUCAGCAAAAUAGGCUGAAUUCAUAUGAAAGGAUGAACGAGAGAGAAAAAGAAAUGCACAAGAAUAUCUUGUCUCAUAUAGAAGAGCAAGCGAAAAUUGCAUUCCCAGGUAUUCCAGGAUCCCACUCUGCAGAGCCUUCGCUAAAAGAAUACUCAAAAAUUUAUUUAAGAGGAGAUAAUUCUAACACUCCAACAAUCAGAAAUUAUUCUCUCUCAAAUACAGUUGAAGGAACUCCAGACAUUUCAUCACCAGCAAAAACAACAAUUGCAAAUUCAUUGGAAAGGAAAAGCAUUAACUUUUUUGUUGAUCCCAAUAAGCAUGAUCCAAUAGUAAACCCAAUAGGAUCAAAAAUCCCAAAUGCAAUUCAAGGACAGAGAAUUGCGAGACCAAACGGAUCUUUAUCGAAACUAGCUCAAGCUGGAGGCUCAAUUUUUAAUUAA